AUGGCUCCGCCGUUCUACACCCAACACCGCAAGUGAGCGGGACGGGGGAGGAGAAACAACCGAACAGACACGAACUGGUGUCUCUGACCCUACUCUCCGUCAGGGCACGGGCAAAGGUCAGAUGCACCAAGACACGAGCGGUCCCGCCUUAUUCUUCCCCACACUGCAAGUGAGUGGGAUGGGAAAGAAGAAACAACUGAACAGACACGGACUGGUGUCUCCGACCCUACUCGCACGUCAGGGCACGGGCCAAGGUCAGGCAUACCAACAAACGGGCCAAGGUCAGGUUUACCAACAAACGAGCGGUCCCGCUUAACUGUUUCCCACACCGCAAGUGAGCGGGCUGGGAAAGAAGAAACAACUGAACAGGCACAAGCUGGUGUCUCUGACCCUACUCGUACGUUAGGGCACCGACCAAGGUCAGGCACACCAACAAACGAGCGGCCCCGCCCUACUGUUUCCCACAACGUAAGUGAGCGGGAUGGGAAAGAAGAAACCACUGAACAGACACGGACUGGUGUCUCUGACCCUACUCGUUCAUUAGGGCACCGACCAAGGUCAGGUGCACCAACGAACGGGCGAUUCCGCUCUACUAUUGCCCACACCGCAAGUGAGCGAGACGGGAAAAAAAGAAACAAUCGGUCAGACAAUGACCCACGUCUCUAUCCCUGCUCGUGCGUCAGGGUGUCAACUCUGGCAAUAUGCGCGGUGA